AUGGCAAAAGUUUUAGAUUUGCCUGCUGUACCACCAUUCUCUGUAUCGCAUCACAGAACCCUUGCUCAACGAUGGGAAAAGUGGACAAAGUCUCUCGAUUAUUAUCUCCGUGCGUCUGGAGUAACUGAUCAGAAACAAAAACGUGCUGUUUUACUACCCCUUGCUGGCCCUGAUGUACAAGAAAUCUUUGAAACCCUGCCUAACACUGGCGAUGAUUAUAAGACUGCCCUCGAGAAACUUAAUGAGUAUUUUCAACCGAAAAGAAAUAUCCCAUUCGAGCGCCAUGUUUUUCGGCAAGCUUCCCAACAGCCUGACGAAUCAAUGGACGUAUAA